GAAGAGGAUGAUGAAGAAGAAGAGGAAGGUAAGUAGUACCUUCAAAUCUCAUGUUAUCAAAUGUUUUGGACUGUAAUGUUGCUGCACAUCCAACUGCGCUCUUCAUUUGUGUUCUGUCAUAACCAAAAACGGCAAUAUUUCUCGAUGCAGAUUCAUAUGUAUUUUGUGCUUACUCAUAUCUCUGCGGUGCAGAACAAUGAUUUUUGUGCGAGCAAAAGGCUCUUUGAUCUUUCUCUCAAGCUCAAGUCCGAGAUUUCCCGCUCAAAACACUCCUCCAAAACCUCAUCCAGGUUGAAGACUAUGGUCCCGGUUAGUUACGCGGAGAAACGCGCUGAAGGGGAGAUUUUCAUGAAAGAAGUUACAGAGAAGUUUUCACAAAAGAAGCAGUCUAAACAAGAACGAGAAGAGGAAGAAGAUGAUGAAGAAGAAGAUGAAGAAGAAGAGGAAGAAGAAGAUUCGGAUGAGCCUAGCAAAAAUGAAAAGCGGCAAUAGAAAGGAGGAGGGUUUACUGUUCCUUUGUCACUUUCAGAUGCUCUUGUCAAAUUUAUUGGUACUGGUGAAAACACAUUGUCACGGGCCGAUGUUGUGAAAAGAAUGUGGCAGUAUAUAAAACAGAAUGAUCUACAGGAUCCGUUGGAUAGGAGGAGAAUUUUAUGUGAUGAUAAAUUGAAAGAGCUUUUUGAUGUUGACUCUUUCAAUGGCUUCUUAGUCACAAAACUUCUGACUGCUCAUUUUGUCAAUGACAGAAUAGCGUUUGCAUACAUGUAUAUAAUGUCAGCCUCCAAUGUGGCCCAUUUUUGCACAAGCUAAUUCCUUGUUAUAUUUGGUAGUCUUUAUGUUCCAACAUCUCCAUUGAAGGAAAAACAGAAUUUUGAUAGACUGGCUCUUGCGAAAUCCCAACAUUUUCUUUUACUAUUA